AUGGCCAAGAUUAGGGUCGAGAUAGACCUGCUUAAAACUCUUCCGGAUAAAGUAUGGAUUGGUAUGGAAUAUGAGAAUGCCCCUCUUAAAGGCUUCUACCAAAAGGUUGAAUACGAGGGAAUCCCCAAGUAUUGCAAACAUUGUCGAAAGCUGGGUCAUGUGUUAGCUAACUGCAGGGUCCUUGAACGGAAACAGGCUGCUCAAACCAAAAAUGAGGGUGCUAAUGUGGGCAGCAACAUCGGUGGAAAGCAAUCCAAUCGAGAUGAAAAUGUUAACAAGGUUCCGCCUGUGAUGCAAAAUAUCAACAACAGCACAAACACUGUCUCUAACCACAACAAGGGGGAUCAACAAAGAGACAAGAACAACAAAGAUGAAGAGGAACAGGGUGCUCUGGCAGUUGCCUCUGUUGCAAAACCUGGAAAGAGAAAAAAAAUAGAAAAAAAGAGUAUGCCCACCAGGAAACCUAGUGUUCUUCUGAAGAUUAUUCAAUCUACUAAAAAGAAGAACAAAAAGAGGAAGGCUCGGAAGACCCAAGAACGAGGUCAGUUCAGCAAAGAACAGAAUGAAGUUGGGAAUUCUAAGCCACACUCCAUCACAGAUGCUAAGGACACGGCUGUAGAUCAGGUUCCGUGUCUCAAUGAUGGUCGAACCAAUGAUCAAGACAGCCCUAAUAAUAUUGUACAUGUAUCAAGCAAUAUGCAGGCUAUACGACAAGGAGGUAACGAACAACUUGGAGUACAGUCCAAACAACUUGAAGGGGAAUCUGCCAGGGUCCCUCCCGAUAUAAGGAACUUACCAGCUAUUAACCUCGUUGUGGAUCUUGAUGCUGGACCAAUAUUUAAUGACGUUACGGAGGAGGAUGCCCUUCAGGAUCCUCGGACAAAUGGAAACAACAAGAAGGACCUACAACAAGAGAAAUCACAACAAAUACAUAGUCAGCAGCAGAUUGAAGUUACCUCUCCUAGCAGAGUGGUCGUCAUGAUACCUGAAGAUCAACUCCAAACUGCAGCAACAGACAAAGACAACAAUGAUGGUUUUUCCCCGGUAGUGAAAAGCAAAUCCAAACAGAGAAAGAACAACAAGAAGAACAAAGGCAAACAUAACUCCUCCAAAAAGGGAGGAAGCACAAACUGA